UCGCGUCCGCCCACCACCAAAUUCUUUCUAAAGUCGGAUCCUCCGAUGGCGGUGAGAAUAUCACCGCUCCGCCUCCGUUUCCCUUCAUUUCUCGUAACUGCGUCGGGAUCGCAGGAAGCUGCAACGCCGUGCUGCGGCAGUGGCGGCGGUGGUGGUGGAGGAGGGCUUACUGCCCGCGCGAUGUCUUCUGCGCCGUCUCCGUACACCACUCUAAAGGAGCGCGUGAGCUGCGAGCGCGAGAUCAAGAAGAGCAAGUUCCUCGCCGUUGCAGCACCCAUCUCCGACGAGCGCUCCGCCCAUUCCUUCCUCUCCGAGGUCCGAGAUCCGCGUGCCACACAUAAUUGCUGGGCCUACAAGCUUGGAGACCAGUACCGGAGCAAUGAUGAUGGCGAACCAUCUGGAACAGCUGGAAAACCAAUGUAUUCUGCCAUUGUUUCUUCGGGACUAGAUAUGGUGAUGGUGGUUGUUAUCAGGUAUUUUGGAGGUAUAAAACUAGGAACUGGAGGAUUGGUCAGGGCUUAUGGAGGAGUUGCUUCAGAGUGUCUCAAAGGUGGUACAACAUGUCUUGUGAAACCAAAAGCCCCGAUAGGUAUUGAGGUUCCAUUUGAGUUGUUGGGGACAGUGUACCAUCAGCUGCAACAUUUUCAAGCUGAGGACAUUAAAGAAGAUUAUGAUACCGGUAAAGACGGUGUGACCAUGGUUACCUUCAGAGUAGAGUAUGACAAAAUGGAGAGCUUGGAGGAUGCAAUUAAUUCCGCUUGCAGCCGAAAGAUUGAAUUUUACAAACGCUAGCAGAUAUUUCAGUAAUCUUAUAUACAGAGAUAAUGUUUUACAGAGCUAAUGGAAUCAUUUACUCAAAUGAUCGGCAUCAUCUCUUCGAGUUCAAUCUGCAUCUUUGGCAGGUUCAUUAAUUAUUUCUGCUUAUUGUCUUUGGUGGAAAUGUCUCACUUGGGGUUAGAUAGGUGAUGAUUGUAUAUUUUGACUGUCAUAUAUAAUCAAAUCUUGUUCUUGAAAAUAUGAUGCGCCGAACCAUCUGCAUCUCUUCUUCUUCA